UUUCGGUGAUCACGCAUGAGAAGCUGCCGUUCGUCGGCUCACACGCCCGUUUAAUUGAAUAUCGAUCAUCAUCAUCAUCAACACGCAUCGUUGCAGCAUAUUCUACAGUGAGUGAAACAAAAGAAAAGAAAACAAAGCCAGGAAAACCCCAGCGGGAGGCCGUGUGAAAAGUGGUAAACAAAAGUGGCACACAUCUUGGUGAGAAAACAGAAGGAAAGAGAAAAGUUUGACGAUAACAGGCACAAACGCCGGAAGCAACGCGUGGCACAAGUGGUGCGGAAUCUAAAUAUACAGCCCCAAUCGGAAGAUUGUGGUGGAGAUUUUCGGGAAGGAAAACAGCAGAAACUAGUGCUCGUGGCCAGUGAAAGAAAUAUAAAAGCAAGUUAGCGACCGAAGAUGGCAUCCCCAACACCAGCACCGGUGAAGAAAGUGCCGAUUCAUCUGCAGAGUGCGCAAAAUCGGCUGUACAUCAAGCGCGGCCAUGUCGUGAACCACGACGGUGUGCAACAAGCGGAUGUUUACAUCGAGGACGGAACCGUUCGGUACGUCGGUUCCGGUGCGGACUUCGUGGUCCCGGGCGGCUGCCGGACGAUCGACGCGACGGGCCUGCUGGUCAUCCCCGGCGGUAUCGAUCCGCACACACACUUCCAGCUGGAGUUUGGAGGCACCGUCUCGGUGGAUGACUUCUACAAGGGAACGAAGGCGGCCGUGGCCGGUGGUACCACCACUAUUAUGGACUUUGUGCUGCCGAAGAAGGGCGAAUCGCUGCUGGAGGCGUACGAUACCUGGCGCAGCCGGGCCGACCCGAUGGUGGUGUGCGACUACGGCCUGCACGUCGGCAUCACCUGGUGGUCGAAGUCGGUCCGGGACGAGAUGCGCAUCCUCUGCCGGGAGCGGGGCGUCAACUCGUUCAAGUGCUUCAUGGCGUACAAGGGGCUGUAUCAGCUGAACGACUCCGAGCUGUACGAGGUGUUCGAGACGUGCAAGGAGCUCGGGGCGGUCGCGAUGGUGCACGCGGAGAACGGCGACAUCAUUGCGAAGAACGUCACCAAGCUGCUGGCGGACGGUGUGACCGGACCGGAAGGGCACGAGCUGUCCCGCACGGAGGAGGUUGAAGCGGAAGCCACGAACCGUGCUUGCGUGAUCGCCCAUCAGGCUGGCUGCCCACUGUACGUCGUGCAUGUGAUGAGCAAAGCGGCCGGUAUCGAGGUGGCCCGCGCCCGCCGCCGCUACAACUGUACCGGCAUCUUCGGCGAAACGCUUGCGGCCGCCCUCGGUACCGACGGUACGCACUAUCACGACAAAUGCUGGCACCAUGCGGCCGCCCACGUGCUCAGCCCACCGCUGAGACCCGACCCCACCACGCCGGAGUUUAUGAUGAAGCUGCUGGCUCAGGAUGACCUGCAAACGACUGGCAGUGACAACUGCACCUUCAACCGUAACCAGAAGGAGCUCGGCUUGAAAGACUUCUCGAAAAUCCCGAACGGAGUCAACGGAGUGGAGGACCGCAUGUCGGUGGUCUGGGAGAAGGGUGUUCAAACGGGGCUGAUCGAUGCGCAGCGCUUCGUCGCGAUCACCAGCACCAACGCGGCCAAAAUCUUUAACCUGUACCCGCGCAAGGGCCGCAUUGCCCCGGGCUCCGACGCCGAUCUGGUGAUCUGGAAUCCGAAGGCCGUACGCACCAUUUCCGCCUCCACCCACCACCAGGCGUGCGACUUCAACAUCUUCGAGGGCAUGAAGUGCCACGGUGUGGCCGAGUUCGUGAUCGUCCGUGGACGCGUCUGUCUCGAAAACGAGCACGUCCGGGUGGCCGAGGGCCAGGGUUCGUUCCUGGAGACUCCCGUCUAUCCGGCGUUCGUGUACGACGCACUGAACGGGCGCGUCCACACGGAGGAAGACUCGGAUGACAAGCAGGCCCGCAACGGACUGCAGAACCUGGACCUGCAUCACAAGCCGGGCUACGAUAACGACGGCCACGACCCGUACCCACUGCCGGAGAAGUACAUCCCAGGGCCCGCCUUGAGCGUCAUCUCGGGAGACUCACAGGUCAGCACUCCGCACAGCAUCCUUGGGCAUCGUCCGGAUGGAGCGAAAAAUAUGCAGGAAUCAACCUUCUCCAUCAGCGAGGAACUGGACAAGUCGGAAGUCCGCUCGUGCAUUCGUGUACGUGCCCCUCCGGGUGGAAAGUCUUCCGGAUUCUGGUAG